GAGCUAUCUUUCACAGACAUUCCACGAUCGGCCGUGGGCUAAUCGGAUUGAGUUCGGAUCGUUGUUGACUGUUGUAAACUUAUAGUGUUGUAUUUUUCCAGCGUUCGCGUCUCGUACUACAGAAUCCCCUCGUUUCAUGACCAAAUAAUAGUUCACUAAUAACAGUAACAACCAAAAUGUACGAAAAAAAAUGUCUGUUUAUGUUUGCCGUACUGUUCCACAUAUCAGCGUACGGUAUGGUUGCUGCUGGAUCACCUACUGGUGUGUACAUGGACAACGGUGUUCAGACAGUUAAGCAAGAUCUUAUGUCGGUCGAAGAACGAAAUGAAGUCGAACAAGAGAUACUGACCAUGUUUGGUGUGCCGAAAAUCCCACGAAAAUCUCCAAAGAAUCUAGACGGAUCGGCACCACAGUUUUUGUUUGACGUCUAUAGAUCCAUACAACAAGAUGGUUUACAUGACAGAAAAACAAGAAGUGUUUCCGAAGUUGGUCAGUACGAUGAUCGCACAGUACAAGAUAGUGAUGUUAUUGUCACACUAUACCUAUCAAAUCAUUCUCCAGUUAGUAAUGUUCGGCAUGAACAUGGAAAACGUAUUUUAUUUGAAUUAAAUGAUGUACCACCUGAAGAAACUCAUAUGAUUACUUCAGCUGAAGUUCAUUUGUACCAAUCUGGGACUUUAAGUAGUAUAAAAAAGUAUUCGGUAACAUUGUAUCAAGUGUUAAUCACAAAAAAUGGAGAAAAAGAAUUAGAAUUUGUGGAUACCCAAAAUACAACAACAGAUUAUGAUGGAUGGCUUCGGUUUAAUGCAACUGGUGCUCUAGUUUCAUGGACCCAUUACUUAUACCCUAAUAGAGGAUUAUAUGUUUCUGUACAUUCUCAUGAUAAUGAAGAUCAUGAAAUCAAACCUGAAGAAAUUGGUAUGGUGACUUGGGCUGACAAACAUCAAUUAUCUGAAUCAAAAAAACCUUUUAUGGCUGUUUAUUUGAAGUCUAGAAAUGGAGGUAAUAUAGUUGGUGGUCCCUCUCUUCAAAAACAUUAUAGACGAAGAAGAAGGAAAACUAUUGAAAGUAGCUACAACUCUAACCCAUUUCAAAAUAUAGCAGAUGGAUUUCAAUCCAGAAGUUGUCAAAUACAAACCUUAUAUGUGAGCUUUAGAGAUCUCGAAUGGCAGGAUUGGAUAAUAGCACCAGAUGGUUAUGGUGCAUUUUAUUGCACAGGUGAGUGUAAUUUCCCGCUCAAUGCUCACAUGAAUGCAACUAACCACGCAAUUGUUCAGACAUUGGUGCAUUUGAUGAGUCCUCUACAAGUCCCCAAACCAUGUUGUGCUCCCACAAAAAUGGCUCAACAAGCAGUACUAUUUUUUUUGGAAGAUAACAAUGUUAUAUUAAAAAAGUAUAAAAAUAUGAUAGUUAAAAGUUGUGGGUGCCAUUAAAUUUUACCCUUUUGGUUUAAAACGAAAAGUAUAUAGUAUAAGCUAUAUAUUAUGGCUGUUAACAAAAAAAUCUGAAAUUGGCAAUUAUUUUUAAGUAACUUUUUUUACUCCGUUAUCUUAAGUUAAUUGUUAACUAUUGUGUAAUUUAGUUACACAACCAACUAUUUACACAGAUAAAAAAAGUAUAUGAUUUUUAUAUUCAAUUAUUUAGGUCAUAUUGAUAUAUAUAUAUAUAUACAGUGAAAAAUGUAUAUUUUGAAUCAAUCAAAUUUAAUUGACAAUAUUUUUUAUAAUAUUUUAAAUACUUGGUUUCUAAUUAUAAAAUUAGAUAGUGUUGAACUCAAAUCAGGAUUUUUAUAAAAUUGUUUUUUGUUAUUCAUUUCAAUUAAUAAGAUGAACACGACACAUUUUAUUUUAAAUAGUUUAUGUUAAGUUAGUAUAGUAUCUAUUUUGAAAUCUCUUAUUUUAGGAAAAACACCGUAAAUUACCUAACUUUUCAUGUUGAAAAAUAAUUUGUUAUGUUUAUAAUUCAUGGCAGCGAAAAUUAACUCUGAGUAUUUUAUAAUGUGAUUGUAGGUGAGUGCUUAUUGGUGUUUAUCACCAGUAAAAUGUAAUGACAAUAAUUAUUAUCUUUGAAGAAUAUAUAAAAUUUACUGUUACUUAAAUAAAAUUUUGAUUUUAUCCCAUAUUAAAAAUUAUGCUUUAAAUAAAUAUAAAUUAUAAUUAUAUAACACUUAUUGAUGUAUAAUGUAUGAGGUAAUUUAAACUUAAUAUAAUAAAGAGUGGAGAAAUUUUUUAUCCAAAGCUUAUAUUACUUUAUUUAUAUUAAAAUAUUUAAAUUUUUUAAUCUUAUUCAAUUAAGUAGCACAUUUUAUAAAUAUUAAAUUAAGUUAAAAUCUAUUGAUAAAAUUAAAGUUAAUCUUUUUAAUAAUAUCUUAUGUUUAACCUUGUCAAAUUGUAAAACUUUCUUAUUUUUGUUUACAAAGAAAAUAAUAUUCCAAUCCAUACAUUUGAUGUAGAAAUAAAUAGUAAUUUAAGUACACAUAAUAUUUUAAAUGACAUUAUUAUUAAUUUCAUCAGCUUAAUAUGACUGGAAACUAUUUAAAUUUCUAAUAAUAUUUUUUUUUAUUUUGAUAAAUGGUUGUGUCAAAUUAAGAUUUUUAUUUUAAUUUAACAUGUUAAGUUUAAAAAAAUCUUUGUUACAAAAUUAGUGUUGCUCAAACUUGUUUUAUUUUUAUAAUAUGUGCCUUAUUAACAUUUAUUUUGUGUAACUAUAGAUAAAAAAUUAUGAAUUGUAGAGACAUAUGUAUAUUGUUAACACUACAGUUAUUUAUAGAAAUAAUUAGUAAGAUAAAUAUUUUAGGAAACUCAGUGAAAAGUUGGCAUAACUAUAAUCUUUUAUAAAAGUCAAAUAUUUGAUUAAAAAUUACCAUCCAAGUUCAUUAUGUGUACAUAAUGAUGAAACAUCAGCUAUUUAUAGAGGUCAAGACUUUAUACAUCGGUUUUAUAUACCAAUACUUUAACUUAAUAUAUUGUAUAAUAAUUAACAGAAUCCAUGUAAUUCAAUUUUUUAGAUUAUUUUAUACACUAUGUAAACGUUAUUAUAAUAAUUUAAUGUUUAUAGUAUCAUUUACAUUAUAUACUACAAGCUACAA